AUGGAGGGUGUUUUGAUGGUAUCGGAUCUCUCUUGGAUUCAACGAGGAGUGGCAAAAGAAAUCCCUGAUAAAAUCAAGUUGAACGAUGAAGAACUCAAGAAAUUGAUUGAGGGAGCCCUUCCUGAAUCUACAGAUAACGACACUGACGGCGACGAAGAAGAAGACGAAGAUAAGAAAGAAGGAAUCCGUGGAAGAGAUGUAGAAAUGAAAGAUGAGGAGUCAGAUUUCGAGAAAAAAUACAUGCAAGGAUACAAUGAAAAGGAAGAGGGUGAAGAGGAGGGAGAAGACGGAAUGAAAGGUAUUGCUAUGUAUUCGACGAACAAAGACGAUCCUUAUGUAACGGAGCAAGUAGAUUCUGAUGAGGAAGAAGAGAAAGAAGAAAUCAUGGUUCGCAAAGAUGAUAAUAUGGUUGCUGUAGCCAAAAUUGACAAAGGAGAUUACACUUUGGAAUGCUACGUGUACAACGAGGCAGACAGUGAUUGGUACUGUCAUCACGACUAUAUUCUCGACGCUCCCCCGCUUUGUAUUGAACCUGUGCAACACGAUCCAGGAAAUGAAGAAACUGGGAAAGGAAAUUUGAUCGCCGUCGGAACCAUGAACUCGGAAAUUCACAUUUGGGAUCUCGACAUCAUGAACACUGCCACUCCAUUUUUGACUCUGGGAAAAAAAGAAAAAAAAUCAAAAGGUGGAAGAAAGAAGAGAGAUGGAAGUGCACAAGGACACACGGAUGCAGUAAUUUCUCUCGCCUGGAACAAAGUCACUCCACACGUUCUUGCUAGCGGUGGAGCCGACAAGACUGUAGUUCUUUGGGAUUUGGAUGAGGCCAAACCUGCACAAAUCAUCCCCGACCGUGGUGGAGAAGUUCAAACAAUCAGAUGGCAUCCAAAUGAGUCGACAUUCUUGUUGCUGGGAACCAUGAAAGGUCAUGUUCAAGUUGUCGAUUGCCGCGAAACGAACGGAACCGCUUCAGCAACGUGGAAAUUUGAUGGACAAAUUGAGAAAGUUAUCUGGAAUCAUUUCAAUCCAUACACAGUGUUCGUUUCUUCGGAUGAUGGAAGAUUGCGUCAUUUGGACUUGAGAAAACCAGGAGAAUGCCUUUGGGAAGGUGUCGCUCAUGAUGGACCAAUUGGUGGUCUCACAUUAUCAGCAAUCACAAGAGGACUUUUGGUGACUGUUGGAGAAGAUGAGAUGAUGAAUGUCUGGAAAGUUGAAGACACAAAUGGCGGAAUCGAGAAAGUUCAUUCGGAGAAGCUGACCAUCGGAGAAUUGCACUGUGCCCAGUUCAAUCCUGACGUUGCCGCUGUUCUCUCAGUCGGUGGAACCACUGCUGAUCUGAUCAGAGUCAUUGAUUUGACCAAGUAUGAGCCGGUAGUCAAAGCUUUCUCCGAAUAA